AUGAAGAAGAUAAAUCGAAAGCGAGGUUAUGAGCCGAAGUACAACAGCUUCAAACAGCAACUGGAGCGUCGCUUCCCAGGGAAACUUGAAAUUUCUGGUGAAGGGACGCCGCAGUCAACUGGCUGGUUUGAAGUUCAAGUAAUAGGUGGACCACUCUUACAUUCAAAAAAGAACGGUGAUGGAUUCGUGGACAGCAAAAAGUUAGAACGUAUCUGUAACGCCAUCAGGGAUCUGUUGUAA